AUGGCGACGGUGUCGAAGGACGCCUCGAAGCCCUCGACGCUGACAACGGCUGGACACGAGGCUGCCAUGGCGAAGACGAGGGGCGGCGGCGAUGGUCUGGGGAAGUACUACAACCAGCACAACCACGACCUACUCCUCACGGUCCAGCAGAGGAUCAAUGACCUAAGCCGCCUAGAGGCUUAG